UUUAUGGAAUUCUCGUUUUCGUAACACAUAGGUUUUACUGAUUGCUCACAACUAAUUUAUUAUGAAUGCAUAAAAAGAUGACUUAUGCGAGAGUCAUUUCAUUAAUAGAGGAAGGCGAACAAUGUUUUUACUACUGAUUAUUCCAUUUAAUCAGUACAUAUUGCUCUCAAUUUGAGGUGGUUAAUUUUAUUUUCCUCUUUUUCUCCUGCUAAGCGUAUCGGCCCAACAGGCAGUUGAGAUGAUAUUUGUGAAGCUGCCUCGUCCCCAGUCGCUCGCGUUCCUUGCCUCCAUUUCUCGCGCUUCUCGAUUGUUCCGUUCUCCUUACUAAGCCUUGGGAAGCCUGUGGAGAAAGCAUUCUUUAAGGGACCAAAUGUGUGGGGAUUUCUAAACUGCACAGUUUUAUAUCUUUAUCACAGAUAUUUGCCAGCCAAAAUGGAGUUUUUUCGGCGGCUACUGUUACUUCACAAGUCGAGCAUGCGCCUCGUGGCUGACCGCUGAGUCAAACUGUUCUACGAUGAGUUCCAAUUUGGUAACGGUUCACAAUCAAGAAGAAAAUGUCUAUAUUCAACACCGUCACAACGGAGAGAGAUCUUGGAUUGGACUCAAUGACCGAAGUGUGGAGGGUUCCUUUGUGUGGACAAACAAAGAAAUAAGCAAAUUUAGGUUCUGGGCCCCACAGCAACCGAACGACUGGAAAAACGAAGACUGUGUUCACACUCUUGGCGCCAGGCAUGGUUACACUUGGAAUGAUGUGCCAUGUACUAACUGUUACAACUACACUUGUUUUAAAGGUACUGAGCGUAGCACUAUGGAGAUUUAUACCCUUAUAUAUCUUAAUCUUCAUGUUCCAGACAGUGAAUCUACUGAGUUAAAACUAUAUUCAAAAAGUUCGAAACACAAUAACAGCAUGUUAGGCAAAUGGUUAGACAGAUGGAAGAGUAGGUAACACCAAUCAGUUUCAUUAUUAGAAACAUGGGGAAACAAGUCGUAUACAUUUGCAUUAAAAAAAUGUCGAUUGACCUACAAAUGGCCGCAAAAGCCUGAAAACCAGGUCAAGCGUACCCCCCAAGAAUCCAUCCAUUAAUGAAUUUAUUAUUCAAAAGUUGAAUCCGUUGCUAGUUGUAGAUUUCAGAUUGAUCUCUGCUUCUUGUAUGUGUAAUGAGCCGUGAAUUCACACGCGAGGCAGUUAAGAAAUUUCUACCAGCUCCAUUUUCCCGAAAUUGAUGUAAAUGUCUUCUAAGAAGCUUAAUCCAUUCAAAGAUUUCCAAUCUGACCAAAUACACCAGUUACGGGAACGACUAACGGAUUCAUUUUUUAAAUAAUCAAUUCACUGAUAGAAUCUUGGGGGGUACGCUUGACUUGGUUUGACUGUAAAGUAAGACUAGAAAUACAUAUCCCGCCAAAUUUCACUAAACUCGGUUUUGUACAAUUGUCAAGGCCAGCCGGUUAGAAACUGAUUGGGUGACCAGGCUCUAUAAUUAAUGUAUCGUAAGACCUGGGACCCCUUUCUCUCCUGUCUUCUUUUCUGUUUCAUUAUUCUAUUUGAUUUUUAAAUGCGUAAUUUAAAGCAUAUUUAGCAUUAUUUGGGCUUAACAUCAAAUCAAAGGUAGAUAUUGGGGACGUUUAAGGUUUUUUCCGUAAAACCCAAACCGAAACGUACGUCCGACAAACAUAUCUUAACGAAAUUGAUCUUUAGUAUGCCAACUGAGCAAACAGGGUACUUUGCUGAAAUAAUUAAUAAAAAUUCGCUUUGAAUCGUUAUGCAUUUCAGACAGGAAAUUUUCUCCCUCGAAUACUCCCUCUUUCUAUAGCUCGUUCUGUUAUAGAGCUAAGAGAAAGUCUCACCUAUAAGCUAUCUUAAGAAGUUCUCGCCUUUUGAGAUUCUUUUCUUUCGAAUUGUGUUUAUUACGUGUAUUUCAAUGUUUCCCUCUCCGUUUAUAUGUAAAAAAGGCAUGAAAAAUCGGAUUACCUGUAGUAGUUAAGCAGGGUUAACGCAAAGAGAAAAUAUAAGUAAAUGACCUCUAGUUAUUUAUCCAGGGCUUGUUGCAUCACUAAAUAAGAACGCUUCCUCACUUUUUUCGCCAGAUAUCGACGAGUGCUCUACGAACUCUCACAGCUGUGACGUUAAUGCGGUGUGUAGUAAUACUGUUGGAUCUUACGCAUGCGCAUGUACAGCAGGAUUCACAGGGGAUGGAUUCACAUGCACUGGUGAGCCGUUUGAGUUUAAUUCCGUUUGUAUGAUAUGUUCGUUUUUAGAUUGAACAGCAACGGCGGCAAUACGAGAGUCUUUUGUGCUCUCCUCGCUUUUUACAGUUAAAGUUUUGGUUUAGCAGGAGUUGAAAUUAAUUUUAGUAUUGACUGUAUGUAGUAAGCAAAUAGAAAAGCGGAGCCAAGCAGCCAGUUAAUAUCAUCGGAUACGUGGAACGAUGGUGAUUGUUCAAACCUGCGAUCAUUUUUUUUAGGCCUAAUAAUAAACACAAAAAAAACUACUGAAUUCUGAUUGGCUGCAGAGAAAGGAGUGCAGUUCUUUUGUUACACGAGUGCAAAUUUGUAACACGAGUGCAGAUUACAAACGGUUUCUGAUUGGUUGAAAACAAAAAAGGAAGCCACCAAGAACCAAUCAGAUUAGAGCUGUUUUAACAACAAAAUUUAAGAAAAUGGCCAUGGUUUUCAGCAAACAACGAUUUGAUUUCAUGUACGCAAAACAACAAUAGAAAAGUUAACAAAAAUUCCAAAAACUCAAACACAGGAAAAAGAACGCCUUUCUGGCUAAAUGUAUGGAAAAUGCGAUGCUAAGAGAAAAAUACUGUCAACAAAAUCGAGGAAAAUGAGCCAGAGAAACUAAACAAGCUACUUAUAACAGACUACACUAAAGUAGAAAAUAAAGAACAAAAACGGAGGCAACCACACGCAAGUCAUGACAGCUCCACUUUUCAGGCAUUUAAAUGAACACGGAUACAAGUUUUCCAUGAUAACAACAAGGACUUCGAAAGAAAACAAAUUUCCUCCUUCAUUUUCGGGUUUUAAAUCUCAAAAAUUUCUCCAUGAAUCCAGCUAUGAUGGGGUCUCAGGAAAAGACUAUCGGCCUAUGAUGAACAGUCGUUAUAUAAACAACUGAGCAAGUGUCUUUCAUCUUUGGCUGCUCGAAGUGUUCUCCUGCUUUCAAAACGGCAGUAUACUUCAUGUAAACGCCGAGCUCUCAUAAUCGAGGAUGAAUUUAAAAACACUUACUUUUGCUGAUUAUUCCUUGAACGGAAUGAAUCAUAGAAUGAAAAGAAUAUGAUGUGAACUGCUUAAAUUGCAAUAGCCACUGCCACGAUCAUGUCGUUGUUAAUUUGCAAUUGAUUAAAUUGCAAUUGCCAUGCACUGCGACGAUCAUAGUUACGUCGUCUUCGAUCGGGCACUUCAAGGUUCGCAGAUAAAGUCUCACUCGAAGAAUUUCCCCAAGGACAAGAAAAGGAAAAGACCAGAAAGAAAACUGAGCAGAAUAUUGCUUUAUUUAAGGAAUUUUUAAUGAUGAGUCGAGUGUUUUUGGAAGAAAUUCCCCAGGCGAAUUUAUCAUGCAUCAGCGAAUGAGAAGACAACGAAGAUUAUAAUACUGUGUCGUCUUGUGAAACAUGUCUGAAGUUUAUCUGCUUUUAAACCCACUAUCCUCCACCUAUUUAUAUGUUGCAUCAAUCGCUAGACUUAGUUUCCAAUAAGCAUCUAAUAGUUUUUUUUUUUUUCACUGUAAAAUGCUCUUAAAAAUAGGCGCAAUCCAUCUACAUAGCUCUAAAUGUAAAAUGAUCAACUGUACAUGUAGCCUUGAAAGAGUAAAGCAUGUUUGAUACAUCAGCGCCCUGAAUCUCCAUCCGCAGAUGUUGAUGAAUGCACCAGCGGUUUACACAGCUGCCACAGUUUCGCUUCAUGUACGAACACCAUUGGGUCCUACAGCUGUUCAUGUCAACAGUAUUUCAAUGGAGACGGUAAAAACUGCCAGCACUCUGCGAGUGGUGAGUACGGUUGUCGUUAGUCUGGAUUAGUUUAAAAAGGUUAAAAGAAAUUCAGUGGAAGGGGAGCUGACUUGAAGUGUUUUUGAAAUUAGGCACAUGGCCUGCAAUCCAAAAAUUGUUCCUAGCAGACUCCAUUAAAAAGAAGGAAAUUGGGUGUGGUCGCAAAUUAACCCUUCAGUGGGAGGGGGGGGGGAUAACUCAUUGCAGCUAUUGUAGACAUGAAAUCCCCUCAGACACCCUUAAUUGUCUAUUUCCCAGCAACAUUCCUUCCAAGGAUAUACAAUUUUUUUCCAAAUCUCCCGGCCAGCAAAAAUUGGCCUGAAGAACAAAUAUUUUGAGCAACAGGUUCAUUGGGUGCCCCUGAUCAUGUAAAUAUCUGAGAUGGAACAAAGUUAAUAGGAUUCCCAGUGUCGUCCAAUAUCGUAUUGUAUUCUCGUUUCAUUUGGCUAAACGAAUCAAUCCCCCUGAUCCGGGCUGAGACAGAAAGGAACGAUAUUGUCCGCUUUUCGGGAAUAAUUCCAGGUGAACUUUCACCUAGGCCAAGACUUCGUUUAUUUCUGGUGUUAAAACAGGGUCUAUGCUGGUCUGCCGACCGUGUGACUGUACAUCCGGGAACUUGAAUAAGACGAGUGUAAGAGAAAAACCCAGAGGUGUUUAUCUGCCAAUAGGCUGCGUUUUUCCGAGUUAUUUGAUGAUAUUUCGCUAUGUUGAACGUGACUAGAUUAUGCGUGGUUGUGGAUGUACUGUGGCGAUUUGUAAUGAUCAUCGCACUUUGUAAUACCUGUCGCAAGCAUUUGUAAUAAACCGUGCUGCAAUUUGUAAUAAAAGUCUAUCGCACUUUGUAAUAAACUAAGCUGUGGUAAUUUGUAAUAAUUCAAUCGCACUUUCUGGUAAUUUUUUGAGAGUGACUCAACUUACUUCGUCAACAUUAAUAUAACGCCAAAAUAUGCACAGUACUUCAAAAACAAAGAUGAUGACGUCUGCUAGCACGUAACAUCUCCGUAACAUUUUCUUUGGUCAAACAUGCAUGUCUUCCGCUACAAAUUUUUCUGCCUUGAUUAAUCAUGUGACCAACUAGAAACGCUUUAUGAGUUUCUAGUUUCUCGCCCACUGAUGUUAAAUCGUUUACUAAAUUUAGACGUAAGAUAAUCCGGUGUUGAGCCCGUCAUACAUUUAAACGACAGAGUGGCACUUCUAAGAUAGAUUAAUUUUUCUAAUGGGAGCCAAUUUAAUUCUUUUAAUUCUUCUGUCUGCUUUCAAAACCCAGGAGUUUAGUUUUAUCUGGGUUAAGUUCUUAGUUCUUAGUUCUGGUAGCACAACUUGCUGACGUUGAAUAGGUCCUCUUCUUAUAUGAGCUAUUGCGGGCGUCUUCUCUUUCAAAUCAAAUGAAAUAAGUAGUUUGGUGUCGUCCACACAGCUCCUUGUCAUGCAUUUUAUUGGUACAGAGAUGAGGUCGUUCGUAUGUAUACUUAAAAGAAGAGGUGCCAAUAUACUCCCUUGGGGUAUACCGCUGACACUAGGAAGAGCCUCAGAAUCGGAAAACCUGUUGCCUGCUACUCAAAUAGCUACAAAACCAUUCUGUACAUGAAGAAGAAGCUCCUGCAUCUUGAAGUUUAGAGAUCAUCGGUUUGUGGUCGACGCUAUCGAAGGCCUUACUCAUGUCAAGUAGGACCAUGGCUGUUAACUUUUUUGUUUCGAUGACGGGCGUUUCUGGUGAAUGGAAUUUCUUGUUUCCGCUUUGAUUGUUCUACAGCCUCCCCUCUGACGUAAGGAAUGAUGCUAAUUGAUUAUGGACGACCCUCUGGCAGUCUUUCGAAACAACCGACAGAAGCGAGAUCGGCCCAUUGUUACUCGCUUGUUCUUGUAUAUAGUCUGUAACUUUUGGUAUUGGAGUCACUUCGGCUAGUUUCCAUUGUUUAGGAAACAUGUUUGAGGCUAUUGAUGUGUUUAUGACAGAAGUGAGAACAGGAAGGAUAGAGCCCAAGGAAUCCUUAAUUACACGGAUCGGAAUCUUAUCGAUUCCGGGAGCUUUAUUAGAGGCCAUUGAUAUAAUGAUAACUUUUAGGUGUUUACAAUCAGUCGCAUUCAAUGAGAAUGACAUCUGUAGACCCUUGCAUCGGCAUUCGAAAGAACUCUCUGGCCCACUAGGAACUAGCCUGUUCCAGGCAAAGUGGACAGUGGAUACCGGAAAGUGGCGCGAAAUGGAGAGCGGAGGAAAACAAACGUGGAAGAGAGUAAGAGGGGGAGAGUAGGAGGAGCAAAAGAGGUUCUUUCGCCCUCUCUUCCUAACCCCGCCCCUUUGCCAUUUUCUCUAGCUCACUUUUCUUUGCGUUUUCCCAGCUACCUGAGGGCCUGCUACAUGUUAUCUACGUUUAUUCCUUCAAUUCCAACUUUUUAUGGUAUAUAUGCAACUUGAGCGUCUACUCCUUUUGGCUCUUUGUUAUUGAUCAGGUGCAGGAACAAAUUUGGUAGUACUAAAGACUAAGAAACUGUAAUCUUUGUUUUCUUUUUUUCUUUUAGUUUUUUUUGUCUGUUUCUAUGGUUUUUAUUAGGACGUAUUUUUCGCUUCUCUCCUCAGUCUCACUCACUCUUCCCCCCUCACUUGCUCCAGAUAAGAGGGAACUACCAUUUGUUUUGCUCCAGACCAUUCGUUCGCUCGACUAUUCGCGCGUUCUUGGCUUACGCAAAGAGUACGGGCUAUUUUGUGGUCUGAAAGACUUUGCACUGGUUGACGUGCUAGUGUCAUGGAAACUCUAGCUGUAAAACUGAACUCCAAAUGACAGGUUAAAACACUAAAAUUUUCUUUCAACAACGUUUGGAAAGAGAAUAUCGUCUUUUCCGCCAAAAAAAAAAAAAAUAAUAAUAAUAAUAAUAAUAAUAAUAAAAAUAGGCAAACAAAAUAGAGUAUAAUACUAAUAAAACCUGACAAGAAUCUUGUAACGAACGAAUGGGAACACCUACAAGGAAAGACAGACUACACUCUAAAUCCAACAGAUCUGUUUUGGCCCCAAAAAUGGGGCCGUUUCGGUGAAUAAAAUACAAUAAUAUUUUUGGGGCUAAAGUAGCCCAUUUAGAAUGGAGGCGUUUUGGCCCCAAUGAACGGGGUAGAAAUAGCCCUCUGUUAAGUGGCCACAACGAAGAGGCAAAACGGCUGUUUUGGAAAAAUAGGGAGUAGUUUUGGUUUCUAAUAGGGUUGAAGUGGUUCAUUUUAAGAGUCAAUUCAGCCCUUACAGGGCCGUUUCAUACCUUCAGUUAAGAUGAAAAUUGGCCCAUAUUUCGUGGCCAAUUUGGCCCAAUGGGGAGUUUAAAACAAAUGCACUUUCUAUGACUAAAUCGGUACCAUUGUGUCUGAAAUAGAAUUUCUUACCAGAGCCGUUUUGGACCUUAAUUAUUUAUAACAGCCCAUCCACAGGGAUUAUAAUGGUUCUUCGUAUUCUAUAAAAUGGCCCCAUUUUUGGGCCAUUUAGAAUCAAUACAAGGGGCAUCAACGGUCACAAUGGGUGGCUGAUUUAGCCCAUUGCAUGUAGUUAUCAGAAUCAGUGCAGUUUUAAGUGCCAAAUCAAAAAAACUUUAGUUCUCCUUCAGGUGCAAGUGAGUUUAAAACUGCUCUUUGAGCCUACAAUUAACAGUUAUUUACCCUAAAAGUGUUCUAAUUUUGUGGUACAUCUAAUCUCAUUACCUUGCCCUCUCAUUUAAAAUACACAAGAGGCAUGCUCAGUGCAAUGUAAAAAUAUUUUAUUAUUAUUAUUUUUUAGCAAACUUAACCAAAAUUUGGAAUGUACAUCUCUAAGAUAACUUUAUAAAAAUUUUGCUGGGAGCCCCAAUACAAAAUUUCAUAAAAAUAAUGUCAGAAAAGUGACUCAGCAGAACCCUGCUAAAUUAAAACUCUCAAGGUUGCCAAGAAGUUCAUUAGGCUCAAAAUAGAGGGGUUGGUGCUGAAUUUUAAGCACUACAUACAGCUGUAAUGAUUACUGUAGAAGUGAGUAUAACUUCUUAGGAGAAUAUGAGCAUUUUAAAGGCAUUUUGCUUGAGAAGUUUUAACCCCCAAAUCGUAAAAGUAUGAAAAAGAAGGCAAAAAUUUGUUCAGUUACGUUAGUAGAGCUUUUCUCUAUAAAUUUCACUUUUACAAAUUGAAAAUGCCAUUGAAGAGUGUGUUGACACUCAACAAGGUCUGAAUGACCUUUAUACGCCAUUACCAUGUUAACUAUAUAAAAUGAUGACAGCAAAGAAAUUAUACUCUCUACAAUACUCUGGUGCAGAAUGGUGCAUAACAUCAUUCCUUUUGACACACAAUGUACACUUUGUUGAAAUCAAAGGCCUCUUCAAUUGCAACAGUUUGCAGUUAUAUGAAAGUUGCUAUUUCUGCAUCAACUGAAGCAUUUCUCUGUCAAAAAGCAAGAAAGAACAACAUCAACAAGUUGUACACUUACUAACAUACAGUUUCCCAAAGUAAACUACAUGUGGCAAUGAUAAAUAUGAUAAUUUACAUUGACAAAAAGGGAAAAAUACUGUUCUUGAUAGCUGUGGUUAAGUAGUGUAAUACAAUGAAUGGUUAUCAUCUAUCAAGACCUAGAAAUGCAAAUCUUACAUAACUCUGCUAAUCAUAGGAAGUAACAUGGCCACCUAAAAUAAAGUUGCAAUAAUGUACAUGUAAGCUUUAAGUAGUCAAUAACAUUACAGAUGAAAGUCUUUUAAUACAUGCAAGUCUGACUCAGUAGCAAUAAUAAUAAUAAUACAGUGAAACCUCUAGUAAGCGGACACCUUCGGGACCUUCCCAAGUGUCUGCUUAAUAGAGUUUGUAAAAAUUGCGCAAUGUUUGUUAACGAUCAACAUUUAACGGUUACUCUGUACUGUGAUAAAGUUGCAUGUUGUUAAAAAAGCCGUUCAAGUUCAUUACCUUUCAUUACCUACUUUAAUUGUUUGUUUGUAAAUGCGAAAACAUUAACUGACUUCAGUCCGUAUUUCAAGGACGUAAUCCAAUACUACUAUUAUUAAUUCAGUCCGGUGUCUGCUUAAUAGAGGUUUUUAACAAUAGAAAUUAGCAAAAUACACCUUAUCUUAGUGUCCACGCCCGCUUAAUAGAGGUGUCCGCUGAAUAGAGGGUGUCUGCUUAAUUGGGGGUCCGCUUAAUAGAGGUUUCACUGUAAUAAUAAUAAUAACAAUAAUAAUAAUAAUAGUCUUCAUUAAUUCAUACGAUAAAAACUACAUAUCUUAUGUUACAAAACUGUCACAUGACCACUCCUGCAGUAUUGUAAAAAUAUUCUUUGUCUCCUAGCCCUAAUUAUUUUUUCAUGAAUUAGGGCUAGGAAACAAAGGAAAUUGAGAAUCAACCAAGAUUAAAUCAAAAUUAACCUGAAACCAACUUUGACCUGUAACAUAUUACAAUCAGCGUUACAUAGUAACAACAUUCUUUAGGUCCCCCAGCAGUAUAUCAAAUGUUGGUCAGUCCUUUAUACUAUACCUGCCAACUCUCACGCCUUAGGUGUGAGCCUCACGCCUGCGAGUUGAAAACUUCGAUCUCACGCCGGCUGACGCCUGCGGGCCAAUUUCUCACGCCUGAUUGAAAAAUGUGAGUUGUUGCCGUCUUGCUUGACACAAUUUCCAAAAAUAUGUUAACUCAGACCCAUGUAAGGAACGAAAACCAGGUGUAAAAUGAAUAAAUGACAAUACCUUCCUCGCGAUCUCUGAUUUUUAUCAACUAACGUCGGUCCUUGUGGAUAAGCGUUUUCUCGAUAACUUCGCUUUCGGUAGACUUCGGACGCCUUCGGAAGACUUCGGACUUCUUCGGCAAUCUUCGGAAAUGAUCGUGUCGUCUUCAAAAAUUUCAGCACUCCCAGGAUAAAAAUCUCACCCUUGUAUCUUAGAAAAAGUUGGCAGGUAUAUUAUACUUUUUUUUUUUACUUGCUCAUACAGGUAGAUACAAUAAUAAUUCUGACCUGUUUGUUUUGGCAAUUUUCCUAACCAUGCAUGUAUACCCAAAGCGCAAGACACCUGAGGCUGGGCAAGGGGGAUAUUUUCCGUCCUACAGAGCUAGAUCAAUAUGCGUAUGACAUGAUUUGAGUAAACUUCUCUCGCUUGCAGGAAUUUAGACUCCCAAUGAUUCUAUUUUGCAUGCUUUAUUAAAGACUAUUAUUUUAGGUUGCCAAUCAUCCAAGUUACACCUUUGGAAAUCGAAAUAAAAAAUUAUUAUCACCUUUAAUGUCAUAUGUAAAAUCCCGCUCAAAUAAUGAUAAUAAAAUCCCUUACAACAAAGCAUUAAAAUGUGUAACCAUAAUGUUUCAGUGACACAUCUACUUGGAACCAGUCUAACAGAGCUCUCUAAAAAUGGUAACUGAGUGUUUGAUUUCCUGUCAUUCCACAAACCUCUAGACUAGUAGGAGCAUGUUAUGCAACCCUCCAAAAAACACACACCAAAAAAAAGGGGAAUGCCUUAUGAUAGAUGCACGACAAAAGAUUGGCUUCAUCAAUAACAGCUUCUUUUACAGUGUUCUCCUUAUCAAGCGGUAACCAUUAAAAUUUACCGCCUGAAGCAACAGUUCUUACCGCCUGCAGCCGCUGAAGGUUUACUAAAAAUAAAUAUUGUAAGUUUAAAAAAUGUGCAAGUUGCGAUCCGAUCCGAUCAAAGAAAUGAAUGAAUAUGUGGAAAAGUAAUAAAGUGUGCACAGCUUUUCUUUUUAUGGACCAAAAAACAUACUGGAAUCAAACAUUUUUAAAUUGAUGUCUAAAGAUAACAGCAACUGAUUUGCUUGAAAUGGGUCUUCAAAUGAAGGAAUGACAUUUCAGAGACCUUAGCUCCUAAGUCUCUCAGCAAGGGCAGGGUCAUGUCCCUCACUUAACUACCCCCCCACCACCACUUCCCCUAAGAAAGCGCGCCUCUGGCGCAUUUUUUGCCUUACCGGCCAUGAAUGGUCCCUUACCUGCUGAGCUAAAAUUUAAGGAGAACCCUGUUUUAGUGUCAACUCGGAAUAACUGCCACGUUAAUUGAUUCCCCACUUAGUGACAAAGACAUCAGCUUAAAAACAUCAAACUUUCCCCGACCUAAUAUGAUGUCAUUGUUGUAGCUGUCUUUCAUAACUACGAGUUGGUGUUGCCUCAUUUCUUUAACUACUUUUAAUUUUCUGUGAGACACUAAUACGUAAUUCUUUCCGAGUUCAAUAUUUAUGUUUUAAAAUUCCCAUUGCUUUAUUACAUGUAUUUGAAUCCAAAGUGCUUUCACUGGCACUACACUUGGUCUUAAGGUCACUGAUUCUUUCUGUCAUUUCCAGCAAAUGACUAAUUCUAGUUAUAAGAUUUGCUUUCUUUUUGUUAUAGUUUUCUGCCUUUUCUCCUUUCAUUUUGUCUCCUUUUUACUCCUAUCUCCUAACCACCAAACCAAAAAAACUUAAAUAAAAUCUGUGAUGCCAAAAUUUGCCUACAAGUUCCCAGUCAUGCAUGAACAUACAAACCUUUCUGGAGGAAAAAUGUAAAUUUGUACACAAAAUUAAAGACUCCUUAAUAAGACAACCAAAUGACAAGGAAUCUUAUUUUUACUCUGAGCUUUGUGUCUAACUGUAAAGUGAUCAAUAAAUGCCUAGAAAAUUUUAGGAUUUCAUAGCAUGAAGCUUCGCACCUAACUUGAAUAUACAUUACCUUGAUCACCUCACUAAAUCGUUAUGUGAGGAAAAAAAUAGAAAUGUACCAGUGAGCAUUGCACUGUACUGUAAAGUGACCAAUCAAUGCCUAACAGAAAGGAUUCCUCAACAUAAAGCUUCGCACCUAACUGGCAUAUACCUUGAUCACUUACUAUGUACCUGUACAUGUAGCAGCCAAACAUUCUAUUAAAAUUUUUUUGGAAAAAUAAUGAAACUUGAAAUAUUAUCGGAACUGAUUUGCAGUUGACGUCAAAAGAUGCAGCUGACAAAACAAAAUUGUCUUUCUUCAACUAUGUCCAUGGAAACUCGAGAAGUUGCUGAUUUAUUUAUGACUUAAUUACAAACUCUUAUCUGCAAAACUGGUUUGAUGUUAAAAUAGUCUGAAAUUGUUGUAAUUCACUCUAUCAGUUUUAAUGUAGCACUGGUAACAUCAACACUGUAUACUGCCUACAAGUUCCCAGUCACGCAUAAACAUACAAAACUUUCUAGAGGAAACAUGUAAAUUUGCAAAAAAUGACCCCCACAUGCAUCUGUAUAUCUUGACAAGAAAACCAAAUGACGAUGAACCUUAUUUUUAUUCGAAGCUUCAUGUCUACUGCAUAAAAGUAAUCAAUCAAUGCCUAGAAUUAGGAUUCCUCAGCAUCAAAGCUUCGCACCUAACGGGAAUAUACCUUGAUCACCUUACCAAAUCGUUAUUUGAGGGGAAAAAAAUAGAAAUGUACCAUUGAUCAUUUUUCAUAAGCAUUACACUGUACUGUAAGUAAGUAAGUAAGUAAGUAAUUUUAUUUAACCACAUAUCGCAUAUGAGCGAUAGCUCGUUUAAAUGCAAAUGUGCCAUAAAAAUUACAACGUGAUAAUUUACAUAAUCUACAUGUACAAGUAAUGAAUAAAAAUAAGAAAUAGAAAAAUUAAACCAACUAAAAAAUAAUAAAUUUUAAAAAGAGAAAAUAUUGGUAAUCAGAUUGUCUAUUUACAAAAUUCACAGUUGCAGUCAUACGAUGAAGACAACUGUAUGUUUUGUAAGUUUUUCCUAAAGAUAGAGAGGGACUCCGACAUCCUUAUUUUGUCUGGUAGAUUGUUCCAUUGUUUGCCAGCCUGGUACGUGAAAGAAUGUUGCAUAUCAGAUGAGGUCGGUCUUGGAAGAACAACCUUAAGAUGGCCCCGUAGGCUGUAACCAUUGCUUCGCACUAAAAACAUUUCCCGAAUGUAGUUCGGUGCCUGGUUAUAAAUGCUAUUGUAUACAAGUAUCAGUGCUUGUUCUAUGCGUCGAUGUUCCAAGCUUUUGAUAUGUACAGUUUUAAGUAGCUCUUCAUAAGCAGUCGAUUUGGAGUAGUUAAGAAGAGUCCUAAGAGGAAAUGCGUUGGUUGGCUCUAGUUUUGCAGACAGACCUUUACUUAGACCUAUGAACAAUGGUGAUGCGUAUGUAAAGUGAGGCAGAAUAAAUGCUUUGUACAGUUUAAUCAUAAUAUCUGAGGGUAUAAGUUUACGAAUGCGACGAAGAAUUGAAACUUUUGUGUUCACUUUCCGGCAAAUUUCUUUAAUAUGUGCUUUAAAAGAGAGUGAAUUGUCGAUAAUUACACCACGGAGCUUGAUCUGUGGAACGUAAUCCAGUUCAUUGCUGUCAAUAACAAAGGGCGUUGGUAGAGUUGCUCUAUUGAAGACGAUGGAUUGAGAUUUACUAUGGCUAAUCGCCAGGAAGUUCUUACAAAACCAGGAAACGAGUAGACCAAGGUUGUUUUGUAGAUUUAUUUGCAAGGUGGAUGGACAUGGGCUUGAAGAGUACUCCGUAGUGUCAUCGGCAUAGAAUCUUAAGGAGCACGAAAUAUCUGAAAAAUUCGCAUCAUUCAUGUAUGUAUUGAAGAGAAGGGGGCCCAAGAUUGAACCUUGAGGAACUCCACACUUCAUAAUUUGCCAAUCUGACAGGUUACCGUCUAUCUUGACAUGUUGCUUUCGGUCAGUCAAGUAAGAACGUAGAAGUUGUAGGGCGUCUUCAGUUACACCGUACGCUGACAGCUUUGCAAGAAGCAAAUUAUGGUUAAUAGAGUAAAUUGACCAAUCAAUGCCUAACAGAAAGGAUUCCUCAGCAUAAAGCUUCGCACCUAACUGGAAUAUACCUUGAUCACUCACUAUGUACAUGUAAAUGUAGCAGCCAAACAUUCUAUUAAAAAUUUGUGGAAAAAUAAAGAAACUUGAAAUAUAUUAUUGGAACCGCAGCGUGCAAAGAAAGUAGUGUCCGAUAGCCCGGGGCUAGUGGAUUUUGCUAUCGGGCUAGGGAAUUCUGUUUUUAACUUGCCCGACGGGCAAGUGAUAUUUUUUUAGGAAUUCGAAUAACAGAAGAACUGUAAUCAAUCCUGCUCAUCAAUUUUUUUCGGGCUAGUACAUGUUAGCUACAGCUUGUCCGAAUGGCAAGCUGUAAAACUGACUUUCUUUGCACCCUGAACUGAUUUGCUGGCUAGUUGAGGUCAAAAGAUGCUGAGUAAACAAAAUUGCCUUUCUUCAUCUAUGUCUAUGGUAUGGAAACUCACGAAAUUUGCUGAUCUAUUUAUCACUUAAGUACAAACUGUUAUAUGCAAAACUUGUUUGAUUCCAAAAUACUCUGAAAUUGUUGUGUAUUAAAAUUCAUUCUAUCAGUUUUAUAUAAUGUAGCAGUGCACAUGACAAACCUUUCAAACGGCGAUGUUAUCCUUCGAUCCUUUACGAAACAAAUGAGACGAAACAUGGCAAUUAUCUUGAUAAGAUUGUUCUAUCCACGAUCUAUCUCUCGCUUGGAGUAAAAUCGCCGAGUUUAGCGAAAAUUAAACUGAAAUUCGCUUAACAUAUUGAGCGUCCGUUGACCUGACCGUUGAAUUGAAUGGAAGCCCGCCUAAACAUUUCAAACAUGCGCGCGCAAUUUGGUAGUGUGCAAGGAUUUAUGGGAGUGGACAGAGCUGAACAACGUCUGCGCAUGUGCAGAGACGGAAAAGGUCUGGGAUCUAACCUAGUAUCGUUUUCAAAGGGAUUUUCAAAACAUCCUCACAUUUUGGCGAUUAUUAAGGUGGAUUCUGAAUAUUUAAGGUUCUCAUUUAAACUAAAGGUAGAUUAUUUCAUACUUUAUUGAAUUCUCGUUUCUACCUUUGUAAUUUUUCUUCUACUUUUUUCUAUGAACAAAAGAAGACGCACGAACGAAGCGUCCCUGCAAUAAUAGUAUGGUUUGCAAAGGGAUUUUCAAAACAUCCUCACAUUUUCCUGAUUUUUAAGGUGGUUUCCGAAUAUUCAAGGCUCCCAUUUAAACUAAUAGUAGAUUAUUUCAUACUUUAUUUAAUUCUCGUUUCCACCUUCGCAAUUUUUCUUCCGUUUUUUGCUAUGAACAAAAGAAGGUGCACGGACGAAGCCGAAAACAGUUCUUUCAUUCGAAUGUGUACAUUUUCAAGCGUAAACACAUGAAAGUACAGACUAUCAAUAUGUUAUCAGUUCUAAUAAAUCGUCCGGACAUCAUAUCAGUGUCAACAUUAAAGGUACAUUUUAUUUAUCUUUGUUUUUCCUUGAAUGUUGGUCUUUUAGUUAUUUCUCCUGUCAUAUCUGGCUUGGUUUCACAAUAAGAACUGUAAGAACAAAAAAAAAAUCACUGAGGUUUCGAAUUCAAUUAAGUUCUUUCUUCCAAACUUGUUUCCCUUUAUGACUCAUUCUUAGUUCAGCUCAAAAGAGCUAUUAUAAAUUUUUGUAUAUGACAACAGGCAAAAUUAAUGUUGAAAAGAGUAAAUGGGUAAGUAAUACAGUCGAUGUUUGCUGGUAAAAGUAUCAAUAGUAUCAAUGACUUGAAGUUCUCUAAAAAGCUUCAUUACAGGGAGAAGAACUUUCAUUUAUUUUUCUCUUCGAAGUCUAGAUCUUCAUUCCUUGAUUCUUCUGCUUCAUUCAAUCCUGCCAUAAAUGGAAAACCUAUAGUUAAUACGAAAACUCACAUAGAGCUGAGCCAACUUGUGAUUGUUUCUCCAAACUUCAACAGCUUUAAACUUUAAAAGUUUAAUCAUUAAUAAGCUUAAGGUGCAAAUUAAAUUUUAAGCAAACUUAACUGAAUGAAUACUGAUUCUACAGCUCGACCAGCGCCUCUAAGCCGGCUAGAGGUACGAAAAAGCUUCUUUCAUCGCACUAAGAUUUGUAACUAAGUUUAUGACUUUUCAUGACUUCUUGUGUCUGAUGGUAUCAUCGCGCUCAAAGCCGGCUUUCUUGCCACCAAGAAGCGAUCAACAACUGCUAUCGCUCGGCCUACAUUUCAAAGAUUUGCUCCUCCUUAACUAGAAUAAAGUAAUGUUUAAGUAAAUCGUUUACGUACCAUCGAAGAAAAGUCGCCCAAACUCCAACACAUUGCUCUUUUUUUAAUUUCUCAGUCAUCUUUCUGCGAACUUACUGACGAUCUGCAUCAAAACAAUGAAAAACCUUCGCCGGGACGGUCAAAAACAUUUUCCUUGAUUCCUGGAUUACGUAACAUUUCUUUCCAUGAGUUGCAUUUCUAACGUAUUCGUAGAAUUUCUCCUUCGUUGGCAUUCACAAAUAUGAGUUUAGAUGGUCGAAGAUAAAAUGGUCUCAGGUGCAAGAAUUUCACUUUGCCCGAGUGCUUCGCGCACGGGUUAGACAAGUAAACAAGUGAUGUCACGGACAUGCGUAGUACGUUAUUCAGCCCUGUCAUGGGAGUGACGUGUAUAUUUUCGUAUCCAAACCCUGCGCUAUCAUUAUGUCUUGGCGGGAAAGCAGAAUUAAUUACAACAACCUAUAAAAUGUUCUUACCUGGUUUUCCUCGGCCUCUGCCUUUAUUAUCCUUUUAAAAUUUAAUCCUUCCUUAAAAUGGGGAAAAUAAAAACGGCAUUCUUUGUCGUCCUCAUACACUGUAACCAUAUCAUGAUCAUCUCCAAGACGGGCUCCUGUCUCCGCCUAGAAAAUCACCUAUAUUAAAAUGGACAGAUUGAGAACAACGAUCUUCGGUCCAAUAUGCGCCAUUUAAUAAAUCGUUGUGACUCAAGCGACUUACCUGUGGGCUCUCCCUACCUUGCUUGUGUAAACUUGUUUGCCUCUAACCAUGUCUUAACUUGCUCUUUCGAACUACAAACCCUUUAUCGAGGCUCUCGAUGAUAAGGAUAAAGCGGCUCGUUCUCAGUGAUUAGGAACUAAUGCUUCCGACUAGACACCGAUUAGAUUAACAUAUAUUCUUCAAAUCGAUGUUGGUUCUAGUGGUCGAGCCAUUUUGCGUUGUCAUGGUCUAAACAGCUGUAUUAGUAUAGGCCAAGUCAGCCCUAAAUAGGGGCCAACUAGACUAAAACCUGAAAUGUCUCUGUUUUUUUAGUAGAAAUGGCUCUUGUGAAAGGGGCCAAUACGCAUCACAUGGCUGAAACAAUUUCUCCUGUGGGCCAAAACGGUUUUCGAUGGGGAUGCAAUGGUCUUUAUUGGGGUCGAUUUAGACCAAAUUGACAAAGGGCCUAUAGAGCUGAAUCAGCACUUUGGGGCUAAAACAGAUCUUUUGGAUUUAGAGUGUACAGGACUUUCCUCAUCCUCUUUAGCCUUCAAGUCUGUAAAACUUACUUUGACGCCCAUGGUAGCCCCUUGGAAGGCACUUAUUGAACGUUUGGGUAGUGGUUAUGCCGCUGAGCCGGCCUUCAAACCCUGACUCUAUUUAAGACAAAAACUCAUUACCCUGUCAAAUGCUUUGCUCGUUGGGAAGAAAAAUGUCAGUUGGUUUCCUUUUAUCAAUGGCUCUCAGGAUUUUAUCGGUUGUCUGAAUAACCAUAUGCAACUAAUUAUGAAACAAAAAAAGCUUUUACUGCAUAUCUUAUGAGGAAGCUCUGAGUAAUGAUGCCCUGCAUAAUUAAAAGGAGAAAAUGGGCGGUUUGCGAGAUAGAGCCAACAAUC